AUGCCUGUGCUUGAUCCUCCCGGGUUUUACUAUUACAAGCCACCGAAUACUGUGGCCAUAAUUUCGAUUCCUCUUGAGAAUGAGCGGGCUGCUAUCGUCUCGCUCUCUCUCUCUACCUUAGAGGUAGAUGGAGGACGAGAGGGUAAAGGAGGGGGCUCUCCGGACCCUCGGCCUAUUCCAAGUCCUGCCCAGGCUGGUCGUCUUCGAUCUCGAUUACACCCUUUGGCCCUUCUACUGGCUCCAUGGUCUUGGCACAAGGUGACGACGCUGUUGAGGUCCGCGGGGUACCAGGUCACGGCGUUGGACCUCGCGGCCUCCGGCGUCGACGAGCGGCGGUUCCAAGACCUGCGCACGUUCACCGACUACACGCAACCACUGUUGGACGUAGUGGCUUCCCUUCCACCUGGUGAGAGGGUCGUCCUCGUAGGCCACAGUCUCGGCGGCAUGAAUAUUGCUCUGGCCAUGGACAGGUUCCCCGAGAAGAUCGCUGCCGCGGUGUUUGUCGCCGCCUUCAUGCCCGAUUCCGUCAACCCGCCAUCCUACGUCCUCGACAAGCUUAAACAGGAGAAAACCAUGCCAUAUUGGCUUGACACUCAAUUUGGGUUGGUCGUCGAGGACAGAGAGAGAGGCCCGACUUCCAUGCUGUUUGGUCCCAAGUUUUUGUCCAAGCUUUACAAGCUCAGCCCACCCGAGGAUCUCACGCUGGCGAUGACCCUCGCGAGGCCUUCUUCCUUAUUCCUCGAAGACCUGGUGUCCAUGCCGCCCUUCUCCGAGUCAGGAUACGGGUCGGUCGAGAAGGUCUACGUCGUGUGCGCUCAGGAUGAAGGCAUCAGCGAAGGGUUUCAGCGCUGGAUGAUCAAGAAUAACCCAGUGAAAGUGGUGAAGGAGAUGGAGGAUGCUGACCAUAUGGCCAUGUUCUCAACACCGAAACAGCUCUUCCAAUGCCUCUCUGAUGUUGUCGAUGCCAGUGCUUGAUCACGUGUUAGCUACCUCUUACUUUUCUGUCUCUCCAUCACCUAACUUCUACUUUUAUCGAUGCCUCCUUUUCCUUC